GGACCAUAACACUUGCCGUCAGCUUUCACAACAAGAUAAGCUCUCAUCACACUCAUGAAUCUUCUUUCAUUUCAUUUGGCUUUUAUAGCCAUGGGAGUGGCUUGAUCCAAGUGAAAUUCCUACACUAGAUUCCAUGGAAGCCACCUUCAUUGAAUUCCAAUAAUUCAACCCAAACCACCCCACCACACCCCCCCCCCCCCCCCCCCCCCCCCCCCCCCAUAAAUUUCAAUACCCACCUCUUGAUAUUUCACUACCCAUCUCUCCUUUCCGAAGAAAAAAAAGAAAAGAAAAGCCAUCUAGUAGAUGAAAGAUGGAUCUUCAAGAGUGGGAACUCCUUCCCGAUGAUGGGUUUCUUGAAAUCCAUGAUGAUGGUGGGAAGCAAAUUUUCUCGAGAAAAUACGGGGGUGAUCCCAGAACAAAUAUUUUCAAUACCAACUACUUCAUAUGCCCAUCUCAAAAAUCCCCAAAUCCACCUCAUAAUCUUCCAAUUGUGCCAAUUCAAUUGGCAAAAACUGGUGCUAGUACUGAAAAGGCACUUGAUCAUGAUGAACUAGUGAUCAAAGAAGUGAUCACCAAGGUCCCAAUUGAUCAGGAGGAGGCAGAAGCUCCUAAUGAUAUAGUAGGGAUUAAUGUGAAAUCUGAUAGGGAACCCGUUUCCCAAGUUUUCUUCAAAAAAAUGGAGGAAAACGAAUUCGUCGACAUGAAAAUGGACUCCCCAAGGUCCAGUGGCAGGGGAGUUGUGGUGCCUCAAAUAGAUGCAGCAGGGAUAUUCCAGUUUGAGGAAGAGGAGAAAGAGAUUGAGAUCAGGAGGGAGAGUACUCAGAGUACUAAUAAGACCAAGAAAACAAACCAGGAUUCAGAUUCCAAUACUCCUCCUAGCCAUCAGGAUAAAGAAGGUGGGGCCGUGAAUAUAUGGAAGUGGAGCUUAACUGGAAUUGGUGCUAUCUGUUCCUUUGGUGUAGCUGCUGCCACCGUUUGCAUUAUCAUCUACGGAACCCACCAGAAAAACAAGCAACAGCAGAAUCAAAAGCUCCGGUUUCAGAUCUACGCUGAGGACAAGAGGAUGAAGGAAGCGGUUCACCAAGCUACAAAGUUGAAUGAAGCAAUAUUAAUAUCAUCAGCAGUGAGAGGUGUGCCCCUGACCAGAGGAGCUCAGAUUGCCUUUGGUGGUUACUAUGAUGGUCUUUAGACAGAGAAAUCAUGGAAGAAAGAAGACCGAAGACCAAGUUCAAGUGUAAUUGAGAUCAACCAUCCAGAUUCAGCAGACCGGUCCUACGUAUCAGUACCCCCAGAAUCUUGGAAUAUGUUAAUAAUACAUGUCCUUUUGUUAGGUCUAUUGCAUGCCAUGAAUCUACUACUAUAUAGGAUCUUUCUAUUUGAAUGUAAUUAUAUGCUGGAUGUGUAAAGAUUCUAUUUACUGGUUUGUAUUCUAGACUUGCAUAUCAUUGGUGAAUCGAAUUCUUAUAUGAAGAAUGCCAUGACACUAGUUUUUAAA